GGACCCAAAAAAUGUGGGGGGCCUGUCCUUUCCCUUGCGAAAGUAUCUAUGCAUUUGAUGUCCUUUGAAAUGCAUCAUCAUAUCUCUUGAUGCUUUCAGUCUCAAAACUCAAAGAGUCCACAGAGAGAAAAAAAAGAGUUCAUACGCAGCCAGGCAGCCUUCAUUCACUCCUCACUGUCCAUAUCUCGUGAAAAGCCUUACUUGGCUCUCAAUUCCCUUCUCUCUCAGACUCUCUCUCUCUCUACCCAAAAAAACAUCUGUAGAAAACAUAGUACUCUAUUGUAUCUACUCUUAAUUCGAUCUACUACUCACUGUCUCGCACUCUUAGAAAGCCUUGCCUGUGAAUCUGUGGAGUCAUUUGGUUGUUUGGUUCCGGGAAAAGUUGGAAAGAAUGGCAGUUUUGUGUACAAAUACAACCCAUUUUCUAUAAUGCAGUCCUUUCCUGGUUCUUUUGUUUGUCUGUUUGUUGUUGUUCUUGCCCUCCAUUGUCUCUCUUCUAUGUGGGUUUUUGGGUUUUGAUCAAAAUAUCUUUGUUGGGUCUGCUUCAUUUACUGGAAUUUAGGGCAUUGGUCUACUUUCCAAGCUUUGAUUCUUCAAAAUUUGAUAUGGGUUUUCUCUGAAAUUAGAAAGAAUUGAUUUUUUUUUGACCCAGGUAGAGAAUAUAUUGGAGAAGAGGGAAGUGGGUUUAAGUGAUGUUGUUGGAGGGGCAUCAAAAAGGAACUGGUGUUUCAGUUUCUGGGUUUUAUUGCCCCUUGAUCAUAGUUUUGGGGAUUGAAGAAAGAAACUAAGUUCUUGCCUUGAAGAAUUGAGACCCCCAGCAAUGAGAGUUUUGUACUUGUUAUCGCUCUUUCUAGUUGAGUUUCUGUCAAAUUCUGGGCUUGUGAAUGCUCAGUUGAAUGAUCAAGCAGUGCUGUUAGCCCUCAGCAGAGAGCUUGCGAUACCUGGAUGGGCUGGCAACAGUUCACAAUACUGCAAUUGGACUCGAAUUAGCUGUGACAUGAACCAUUCAAUGGUUGAAAGACUCGAUCUUUCUCGGCUUCAGCUUCAAGGUAAUGUGACCCUAAUCUCUGAGCUUAAAGCAUUGAAGCAGCUUGAUCUUUCCGGUAACAAUUUCCAUGGACCUAUCCCUCCUGCUUUUGGUGAUUUAACUGAGCUUGAAUUUCUUGAUUUGUCUUUGAAUAGCUUUGAAGGUUCCAUUCCAAGAGAGUUGGGUAGUCUCAAAAACCUUAGAGCAUUAAACCUUUCUAAUAACUUACUUGUUGGAGAGAUACCUGAUGAGCUUGAGGGGUUAGAGAAUUUGCAGGAUUUUCAUAUCUCUAGCAAUAAGUUGAAUGGUUCAAUCCUGUUAUGGGUCGGCAAUUUGACUAAUCUUCAGUUCUUUAGUGCCUAUGAGAAUCAAUUAGGUGGUGAAAUACCAGAUAAUCUAGGCUCGAAAUCCAAGCUUAGAUUGCUGAACCUUCAUUCCAAUCUGCUAGAAGGACCAAUACCAAAAAGCAUUUUUGCUUUGGGAAAGUUGGAAGUUUUAAUUCUGACCCAGAACAGAUUUAAUGGUGAACUUCCUGAAUCAAUUGGGAACUGCAAAGGCCUUUCUAACGUCCGCAUCGGAAACAAUGAACUUGUUGGAGUUAUUCCCAAAGAAAUCGGAAAUGUCAGUAGUCUCACUUACUUUGAAGCUGACAGUAACAAUCUCUCUGGUGAAAUUGUCCCGGAGUUUGCUCGCUGUUCCAACCUCACUCUGCUAAAUCUAGCCUCAAAUGGGUUUACCGGAACAAUUCCUUCAGAGCUGGGACUGCUUAUGAAUCUCCAGGAAUUGAUUCUCUCAGGCAACAGUCUUUUUGGUGAAAUACCAAAGUCAAUUCUUGGGUGCAAGAAUCUUAACAAGCUCGAUCUAAGUAACAACAGAUUCAAUGGUACUAUACCAAGUGAAUUCUGCAAUAUAACAAGGUUGCAGUACUUGCUUUUGGAUCAGAAUUCAAUAAAGGGGGAAAUACCGCAUGAGAUUGGAAAUUGUGUGAAACUGCUUCAACUGCAGCUGGGGAGUAAUUAUUUGACUGGAAGUAUCCCUCCUGAGAUUGGUCAUAUCAGAAAUCUACAGAUAGCUUUAAAUUUGAGCUGCAAUCACCUCCAUGGGACAUUGCCUGUUGAUUUAGGGAAACUCGACAAGCUGGUUUCUUUUGAUAUCUCAAAUAAUCAGCUUUCUGGUAAUAUUCCACCUGCAUUUAAGGGCAUGUUGAGCUUGAUAGAAGUUAAUUUCUCUAAUAAUCUGCUCACUGGUCCCGUUCCCACCUUUGUACCAUUCCAAAAGAGUCCAAAAUCCAGUUUCCUGGGCAAUAAAGGGCUCUGUGGAGAGCCCCUGAGCUCUUUGUGUGGAAAUUAUUAUAUCUCUGACCAUGAGAAAUACCAUCACAAGGUUUCAUACAAAAUCAUACUUGCUGUUAUUGGUUCUUGUUUGGCUGUUUUUUUAUCAGUUACUAUAGUUGUUGUCUUGUUUAUGAUGAGGGAGAAGCAAGAAAAAGCGGCCAAAGCGACUGAAGAUGUUGACGAUGGAACCAAUGACCAACCAACAAUAAUAGCAGGCAAUGUCUUUGUUGAGAACCUUAAACAAGCUAUAGAUCUUGACGCUGCUGUUAAAGCAACUUUUAAGGAAUCAAACAAGCUCACGACAGGCACAUUCAGCACAGUUUACAAGGCAGUCAUGCCUUCUGGGAUGGUUUUGUCAGUGAAGAAACUGAAAUCCAUGGACAGAACGAUAAUUCAUCAUCAGAAUAAGAUGAUUCGAGAGCUUGAAAGGCUCGGCAAGCUCUGUCAUGAUAACCUAGUGCGGCCCAUUGGAUAUGCAAUUUAUGAAGAUGUUGCUGUUUUGCUGCAUCAUUACUUACCCAAUGGGACCUUAGCACAGAUGCUUCAUGAAUCCACCAAGCAAGUUGAUUAUGUACCUGACUGGCCCGCUAGACUAUCCAUCGCCAUUGGAGUAGCAGAAGGCCUCGCUUUCCUUCACCAUGUGGCCAUUAUUCACCUUGAUAUCUCUUCUUUUAAUGUACUCCUGGAUGCUGAUUUCAAGCCUCUUCUUGGCGAGAUUGAAAUAUCAAAGCUCUUAGACCCAUCAAGAGGUACUGCAAGUAUCAGUGCUGUUGCCGGUUCCUUUGGCUAUAUUCCUCCCGAAUAUGCAUAUACCAUGCAAGUUACAGCACCGGGAAAUGUCUAUAGCUAUGGGGUUGUUUUGUUUGAGAUUCUAACAACCCGACUACCCGUUGACGAGGAAUUUGGUGAGGGGGUAGACCUAGUGAAGUGGGUUCAUGGUGCUCCAGCAAGAGGCGAAACUCCUGAGCAGAUACUUGAUGCAAGGCUUAGCACUGUCUCCUUUGGUUGGAGGAAAGAAAUGCUUGCAGCUUUGAAGGUUGCAUUGCUUUGCACCGACAGCACGCCUGCCAAACGGCCAAAAAUGAAGAAGGUGGUCGAAAUGUUACAAGAAAUAAGGCAAAACUGAUGCAGCCUGAGAAAAUUCUUAUCCAGAGCACAACGGUCAGGUUUCCCUUCCGCAGACAAAAUUUCUCAUAGCACCUGAUAAGGAGGUGAUGAGUCCUUGUACAUUAGUUCAGGCAAGUUUGUCUGGUUAUUUGUCUACAUCUUUUACGUCGGCAGGUUAAUGGCUGCUUAUCAUCAAUUAGAUCGCAAAAACGUGGUCAACUAGAUCCUCUGAUGCAGAGGAAAUACUGUCAAUGUUACACAUAGUUGGCCUGGAGGUGUAAUAUUGAGUUUUGUAGUUCUCAAAUUGCUGUCAAAGAUGCAUGUUAGAAAUGAUAAACUAUAGUAUGCUUGAUCUUUUUCUGUAAUCCAUCUGAUAUUCAUAUAAAUCCUGUGGAGUUUUCCGCUUGA